AUGUCUCAGAAGGCAAAAAGGGUUUAUAAAUCUGGGGCUUUUGAGCACAAGGAGCAUCCCAAGAGCGAGAACUCCUCAGAGAUGCCAGAGACCAUUACCAGCCGAGAUGCUGCUCGUUUUCCCAUUGUUGCCAGUUGCACCCUUCUGGGGCUCUACCUCUUCUUUAAAAUAUUCUCUCAAGAGUACAUCAAUCUUCUGCUUUCCAUGUAUUUCUUCGUGCUGGGGAUCCUAGCCCUGUCCCACACCAUCAGCCCCAUGAUGAACAGAUUCUUUCCUGCAAAUUUCCCCAACAAACAGUACCAGCUCCUCUUCACCCAGGGCUCCGGGGAGAGCAAGGAGGAAAUAGUGAAUUACGAGUUUGACACCAAGGAUCUCGUAUGCCUGGCCCUGAGCAGUGUUGUGGGGGUCUGGUACCUGCUGAGAAAGCACUGGAUUGCCAACAAUCUCUUUGGGCUGGCGUUCUCCCUCAACGGGGUGGAGCUGCUGCACUUGAACAAUGUCAGCACUGGCUGCAUCUUGCUUGGGGGCCUCUUCAUCUACGACGUCUUCUGGGUCUUUGGCACCAAUGUGAUGGUGACAGUUGCCAAAUCGUUUGAGGCCCCGAUAAAACUGGUUUUCCCUCAGGACCUGCUGGAGAAGGGGCUGGAGGCUGACAACUUUGCCAUGCUGGGUCUGGGAGACAUUGUCAUUCCAGGGAUCUUCAUUGCCUUGCUGCUGCGGUUUGACAUCAGCUUGAAGAAGAAUACGCACACGUAUUUCUACACCAGCUUUGUGGCCUACAUCUUUGGGCUGGGCCUGACCAUAUUCAUCAUGCACAUCUUCAAGCACGCCCAGCCUGCUCUUCUGUACCUGGUCCCCGCAUGCAUCGGAUUCCCGCUUCUUGUGGCCUUGGCAAAGGGAGAAGUAACUGAAAUGUUCAGCUAUGAAUCCUCUGCUGAAAUCUUGCCACACACACCAAGACUUACCCACUUCCCCACCGUGUCCGGCUCGCCGGCCACUUCCAUGCAGCAGAAACUGUCCUGUCCCCGCCGACGCCGGCAGCAAAGCCCUAGUGCCAUGUAG